AUGUCUGAGUUGACCAAAGUUAAUCCUGAUGAUCUGCAAGAAGCUAUGAUAACGCAGGGGAAAACGAAACAUUUCCUGUAUUGCUUGCUUGGUUUGAUUGCACCGAUACUUAGAGUUUAUGGCCAGGAUCAAACAGCUAACAAGCAUCGACUUUUUCAACCUGUCGCACGAUUCAUUUGCAUAGACUGUGGCUUACCUGCUGGUCAAAGAUAUACUGAGCAGACAACUGGCUUGUUUUACAUUUCAGAUGAAGCUUUCGUGGACAACGGUGAAAGUAAGCUCCUAUUGUUACAAUACAGAAGUCUCUACCAACAAGUCUGGUAUCUCAGAUACUUUCCUGAAGGAAUCAGGAACUGUAACACUAUAAACAUAACAAGAGGCACCAAAUAUUUGAUCCGAGCAACGUUCAUCUAUGGGAAUUAUGAUGGCGAAAACAUGGCACCAGAGUUUGAUCUGCAUCUUGGAGCUAUUUGGGGUACAGUAAAAAACAACACAAUAAAGGAGAUCAUACAUGUUCCUUUGCAGAACUAUAUACACGUUUGUUUGGCAAAUAAGGGCUCUAGGAUUCCGUUUAUAUCAGCAAUAGAAUUAAGGCCUCUGGAUAAUUCAACUUACCAGACUCAAAUGGGAUCCUUAGCAGUCUUCUUGCAUUAUGACGCUGGUACAAUAACUAAUAAAACAUACAGUUAUAUAGAUGACAUUUAUGAUCGCAUAUGGGAUCCCCAUCAUUACAGUGAAUGGAAACAAGUAACCACUUCGCCGACCAUCGACCCUGAAAAUCAGAAUGUCUACCAAGUGCCAUCUAUUGUCAUGAGCUCUGCUGCAACGCCGAAAAAUGCGACUAAUUUAGAUCUUUGGUGGAAUUCCCCUGAUGAAAAUACCAAAUAUUAUGUCUACCUUCACUUCGCUGAAAUUGAAAAACUCCAAACCAACCAGACUAGAUUGUUAAGCAUUACUUGGAAUGGAAAGCCCUUUCAGGAGCCUUUCCCUCUUCUGUACUUAGCCACAUCGACAGUAUCCACGACAGAGGCUUUAACAGGAGCAGCACUGCACAACUUGUCAAUCUCUCAGGACGGAAACUCUACCCUUGCACCCAUCCUCAAUGCCCUUGAGAUUUAUACGGUCAUUGAGUUCUUGCAGGAAGAAACUAACCAACAAGAUGUUGGCUUCAUACAAAACAUCAAGAACACAUACGGAGUGAAGAGAAAUUGGCAAGGAGACCCAUGUGCACCCCAAGAGUACUUGUGGGAAGGGUUACGCUGCAGCUAUAAUGGUUAUGAGCCCCCCAGAAUCAAAUCCUUGAAAGUGUUCUGUCGACGGAGGAGGAGGAGAACAGAGGGCGUGAACUGGGGAGGUUUUAGGGAUUUGAGUGGGGUGGGGGGUUGCGGGGAGGGAUUUCUGGGAGAUAACAGGUCAAAUAUAUUGAGUUGGGCAGACAGACUUCGGAUUGCAAUUGACGCUGCACGCGGAUUGGAGUAUCUGCACUACGGCUGCAAACCUCCUAUAAUCCACAGAGAUGUAAAAUCUACAAAUAUAUUGUUGAAUGAAAACCUUCAAGCCAAACUAGCGGAUUUUGGCCUAUCCAGAAAUUUUCCUGCUGAGGAUGGGACUCGUGUGUGGACACGCGUUGCAGGAACUCCUGGGUACCUUGACCUCGAGUACUACCAAUCAAACAUGUUAAAUGAGAAAAGUGAUGUUUAUAACUUCGGGGUUGUGCUGUUGGAGAUUAUAACAAGUCGACCUAUCAUAUCGCAGACGCAUGAAAAAGUUCACAUUACGAAAUGGGUUAGCUUCAUGGUUGGCAAAGGAGAUAUCAAAAGUAUCGUUGAUUCAAGGCUGAAGGGAAACUUUGAUAGCAAUUCUGUCUAGAAAGCUGUUGAAAAAGCUUUGGAUUAUGUAUCUUCUCGUUCUAUCACAAGGCCAACCAUGCGUGAGGUAGUGAUAGAGCUGAAGGAGUGCUUGGCAGCGGAGUUGGCUCGGAAAAAGAACAAUCGCCAUACUGAUUCAGAAGAUUCCAUGGAAAUGAUGUCAUUAAAAUUCACCACCAAAAUGAGUCCCUUACCUACGUAGUGGUACUUCUCUGUCAUAUUAUAUAGGGUGUGGAAAAUCUUGUCUCAAUUUCAACUCUCUGGUUGCUGUUUACAAUAAGUACAAAGUAAAUGGCGCACGCCAUAAUCGAUUGAUGGACCAGCUGUUCUACCUUGAUCCAAUUAAUUUGCUUGAUUAGUCCUCUACGUUA